UGUGGACGGACCUGACAGUCCCUCGCCGUCCACUAGCAGUCAGCUGAAUGAGGCAGCUCAGUCCACGCAGAACAUCCACGCCGCUCUCCCGCAGCACGUUUGUCCUCUGACAACAAACAAGGGAUUAUUAUCAUCACACACUACGGGGUUUCUCAGUAAAGUGCCGAGACGAAGGAGGAGAUUCCACAGGCUUUUCAGAAACGCGAUAAAAGACCAACUUCAAGUUGCUUUCUGACUGUCUCUUCAUAAUGCGCUGUUUGGUGGGCCGUCUUAUUUACGUGCCAGUAGAGACAGCUCACUGGAGUCCUAUUUGCCAAGUGAAGGACCGCGUGGUUGGAAACAGCUAAAGCAUUCAGAGGCUCUAUGAAUAGGAGCCUGUCUCUGGAGAGCCUUGCUAAAAUGGGGAUCAUGCCUCCCAGAUAGCAACCUUCUUCUCUCCACUCCCCCUCCCUGCCCCUGGAUCCUUACCUAAAUAUUCCGGAUCCAAAUCCACCACUGCCACCCCUUGUUACCGCAGCCGCCAUGCCACCCAGGAAGAGGACAAGGCCGGGCUUGGGGUUCUUGUGUUGCUUCGGCAGCAGUGAGCCCCCAGAGAUCAACCUGAAGGACAGCGUGCCCUUGCAGCUGCUGGAGUUCAGCGCUCCCAUGCCACCUGCCGAGGAGUUGCAUGCUCGCUUCUCAGAGCUAGUGGACGAACUGGAUCUGACUGAUAAGAACAGGGAGGCCAUGUUCGCUCUGCCCGAUGAAAAGAAAUGGCAGAUCUAUUGCAGUAAAAAGAAGGAACAAGAGGACCCCAACAAACUAGCUACAAGCUGGCCUGACUAUUACAUUGACCGAAUCAACUCCAUGGCUGCCAUGCAGACCCUGUUUGCCUUUGAUGAGGAGGAAAUGGAAAUGCGAAACAAGGUGGUGGAAGAUCUGAAGACAGCACUUCGGACUCAGCCAAUGAGGUUUGUGACGCGCUUUAUUGAGCUGGACGGCCUCACUUGCCUGCUCAACUUCCUGCGCAGCAUGGACUACGAGACCUCAGAGAGCCGUGUCCACACCUCUGUCAUCGGGUGCAUCAAAGCCCUAAUGAACAACUCCCAGGGCCGCUCGCACGUGCUAGCCCACCCACAGAGCAUCAACACCAUCUCCCAGAGCCUGCGGACGGAGAACAUUAAGACUAAAGUGGCGGUGCUGGAGAUACUCGGUGCAGUGUGUCUGGUCCCCGACGGACACAAGAAAGUGUUGCAGGCUAUGGCUCACUACCAGAAAUACGCUGCUGAAAGGACUCGCUUUCAGACGCUGCUGAAUGAGCUGGACAGAAGUACAGGUCGCUACAGAGACGAGGUCAACUUGAAGACAGCCAUCAUGUCCUUCAUCAAUGCCGUGCUUAACGCCGGAGCAGGAGAGGACAACCUUGAGUUCCGCCUCCACCUAAGGUACGAGUUCCUGAUGUUGGGCAUCCAGCCUGUCAUUGACAAGCUUCGGGAACAUGAAAAUGCCACCCUGGAUAGGCAUUUGGACUUUUUUGAGAUGGUGCGCAAUGAGGAUGAUUCAGAGUUGGCCAAAAGGUUUGAUAUGACCCAUGUAGACACCAAGAGUGCCUGUGCAAUGUUUGAGCUGGUUAAAAAGAAGCUGAGCCACACAGAUUCCUACCCACACCUCCUUUCCAUACUCCAACACUGCCUGCAAAUGCCCUAUAAGCGUGGUGGAAGCACCAUGCAUCACUGGCAGCUUCUCGACAGGAUCCUUCAGCAAAUAGUCCUGCAGGACGACAAAGGGGAGGACCCUGAUGUUGCACCUCUGGACAACUUCAGUGUUAAAAACAUAAUUCGCAUGCUGGUCAAUGAGAAUGAGGUGAAACAAUGGAGAGACCAGGCUGAGAAAUUCAGAAAAGAUCAUGUUGAGCUACUCGCCAAACUGGAGAGGAAGGAGCGAGAGUGUGAGACAAAAACCCAGGAAAAAGAGGACAUGAUGAAGACUCUGAACAAGAUGAAGGAUAAGCUCCAACGUGAGGGUGUGGAGCUGCGCUCAGCCAGAGAACAAGUCCUGGAUCUUUCAUCACGCAUCGGUGACUUUUCUGGUGGCAGCGUAUCAUUUCCACCACCUCCUCCGCCUCCUGGUGCACCUGUGGCUCCACCUCCACCUCCAACGAUGGGUGGCUUCCCUCCACCUCCUCCUCCACUGCCUUUCAGCUGCCCACCCCCACCACCACCACCUCCCCCACCUGGCAUCCCACCUCCUCCACCAGGAGCUCCUCCCAUUUUUGGAGUACCACCUCCUCCCAUUGCCUCUUCUUUCAAUUCGGCGAACACGCUCCGCUCCAAGUCCAUCCCUCAGCCAUCUCAUCCGUUGAAGUCCUUCAACUGGGCUAAGAUAGGCGAGCAUAUGAUCAAUGGCACCAUCUGGAAUGACAUUGACGACCUAAAAGCCUUCAAGAUUCUUGACCUCAAGGACAUAGAGAAGAUGUUUUCAGCCUAUCAACGACAACAGGACCUGCUCACUAACCAAUCCUUCAAGCAGAAGGAGACAGGUUCCAUGGAUGAUUUAUAUGUCAGCACAAGGAAAGUCAAGGAGCUGUCAGUCAUAGAUGGCCGACGUGCACAGAACUGUGUCAUCCUCCUUUCAAAAUUAAAAAUGAGCAAUGAAGAGAUCAAGAGGGCGAUCCUAGAGAUGGAUGAGCGAGAAGAGUUGGCCAAAGAUAUGCUGGAGCAGUUGCUGAAGUUUGUCCCAGAGAAGAGCGACAUUGAUCUACUAGAGGAGCACAAACACGAACUGGAGCGCAUGGCCAGAGCAGAUCGAUUCCUUUUUGAAAUGAGCAGAAUUGACCACUACCAACAGAGACUACAGGCUUUGUUCUUUAAGAAGAAGUUUGCAGAGCGCCUUGCUGAAACCAAGCCAAAAGUGGAAGCCAUCUUGAACGCUUCCAGGGAGAUUGUCCGGAGCAAGAGGCUCGCUCAGAUCCUGGAGGUUGUGCUUGCCUUUGGUAACUUCAUGAACAAGGGCCAGAGAGGAAAUGCGUUCGGGUUCAAGGUCUCCAGCCUCAAUAAAAUCGCUGAUACCAAGUCAAGCAUAGACAGGAGCAUCACAAUGCUGCACUACCUGAUCAUGAUCUUUGAGAAGAACUACCCUGACACGCUACACAUCCAGCUGGACCUCAGCACCGUACCAGAGGCUGCAAAAGUCAAUUUGGCAGAAUUAGAAAAAGAGGUGUACAGUAUAAAAAGUGGACUGAAGGCUCUUGAGGCGGAGCUGCACUACCAGCAGCACAGCAGGACGAGGGAACGCGGAGAUAAGUUUGUGGCCGUAAUUGGCGACUUCAUCACCGUGGCUGGCUUCAGCUUCUCUGAACUGGAGGAUCAGUUGAGCGAGGCCAAAGACAAGUUUACCAAAUCUCUAAAGCACUUUGGGGAGGAGGAGGGGAGGAUGCAACCCGACGAGUUCUUUGGGAUUUUCGACACCUUCUUGGGGUCGUUCAGCGAAGCUCGUCAAGACCUAGAAAACAUGCAGCGACGCAAAGACGAGGAGGAGAGGCGGGCACGCAUGGAGGCCAUGCUGAAGGAGCAGCGGGAGCGGGAGCGGCAGGCUAAGAAGAGCGGGGCCACGGAGGAGGUCGGAGGGGAAUUUGACGACCUGGUGUCGGCCCUGCGUUCCGGCGAGGUUUUCGACAAAGACCUGAACAAAUUCAAAAGGAACCGCAAGCGUUCUGUCAACCAGCUGGUGGAGGGCGGCGGGCGCGAACGGGCCGUCACAAAGGUCAACUACUAAGGGGAUGAAAGACGCCUGCUGAGCUCAGCCCCGAUGGUGUGACCAUACGGCAUGUGCCACUUGUCACCCUUGGACGUUAUGUGAUCACAUGAUCCGGACGCAGGGCAGGUGGGAUACUGAGCACAGACCCCUGUGACUUUUGACCUCUGUGCUUCACGCCAUCUGUCACUUCUUCCUGACAAAACCCCUCAAGUUUGUCACAGUCAGUCCCUCUGCACCAACGAAAAGCAAGGAUUGUAAGCUCCUCCACAUCUGGAAAGCAUCUGGAGAAAAUCGACAAAAAAAAAGCAACCUAGCUGACGGUCAUGUGACCUUUCGCGUUGUGCUGCCAUCCAGCAGUGCCAAAACGUGUGCAAGUGUUCUGAAAGCAAACCAGCAAACUGCAAAGGUUGGAAUUUUGUACACAAAAUAUUUCCUGUUGGUGCUCCACUCCUUCAUCGCUACACAUUCUGCGCUUUAAGUUUUAUGUUGUUUGCACUGCAGCUCUUAAUGAAUGCUCAUACUGUGUGUGUGCGUGUGUGUGUGCGCCUGUGUGUGUGUGUGUGUCUGUGUGUGUGUGUGUGUGCUCUCUUUCUACACGCCAACAAACAUGAAGGAAACUGCUUUCCAUGUUUACAACGCUCGCUGCUCAGCUGUCCAAACCUUUUAUUAUGGCUAACCUACAGUGAUUGUUACACUUGCCCUAAAUUUAGCCAGAAAUCCAGUUUUUGGCGCCAUAACCGAGAUCCUGACUACUUUAUUCGCUUCAGUAUCUAUUGAGGCUCCUGUUGUGUACGUCAACACACAUUUUCAAGAUGGCCAAAUGCUGCAAAAAAGGUUGAAGACAAGCAAUGACAAAGAUAUUUUAAUACAUGCAUUUCUACAAAAAACUAAAAAUCUUAGUAAAUGUGGCAAAUGCUGCAAUGUGAGUAGUGGGCUCAGUGCAAAAUGGUUUGCAUGUUAACACUAGAGGGCAGCACAGUGCAGAUUAGAGAUGAACAAGAGCAGUGGUUCUCAAACUUUUUUCACCAACACUUGGCUCUCCAAGUACCACCACAGUGACCAACAUUAAAAUACAGUAGCAUAGCAGGCCUAAGUAUUCAUUAACAACAAUGCAGAGGUUUUAUUUAACAGGUAUAUUUAUUUAUUUGCCACUGUAAGAUUACACAAGAGUUUGAACAGUAACACUGUGUUUGAAUAUUUAGUUAAGUGUACCACAGUUUGAGAAUCCCUGAACUGGUGCACACAAUGCAAGAUGUUGUCAUCCUCUUAUGGUAAUACGUAUUUUCUGCUCCCAGCAAUAUCAAGAGCUGCAGGGCGGUGUAUAAAAUAUUUAGAUUUGCACAGGUUGUAAUAACGUAAAAGUACUGCAACACUGCCUGCUACACCUCCCAAAGCACUUGAUUGAACAAGCACUCGGUGUAAAAUCCUCAUUUACUUUAGACAAGAGUAUAGACGAAGACACCAGUAGUAGACUUAAAACGUUGUUGAUGUGUAUGUUGUAAUGUUUGUCCGUCGUCGUGACCACUUACUCACCUGGAAGUGCCUCCUGAAGUAGCAUUCCUCUUUCCGCGUGGUGCUGCUAAUGUAUGUACAGUACUGGCUGGUAUUUAAAAGUUUGGAAAGUAAUAAAGCCAGCAAACUUUGAAUCAUUUUGGUGCCCUGAAGGGGAACUUGUGAGUGUGUCCCACAGCCGUCUCAUCCAUAGUUUUGUUACGAAGAAAUAUGGCAGCACAGUGAGGAUCUUGGGAUUCGAUUAACCUUCCUUAAUGUUGAGAAAUGUUCCUUUAAAAAAAAACACCACUUUAACCAGCAAUGUCUGUAUAUUUCAGCUGGUCUUUUUUUUCCUACCCUCCUUUAUCUCUCCAGUUAAUCAGUUAGUAUAUCAAACUUUGGCAAAACCUUUAAUCCAGAGCUUUAACCAAUAUUCUAGUACAAACUAUUUACUGAGGGGUUUUGCAACAUUGUCAGUAUUAUUAUUAUUAUGUUUGUGUGUUCCAUGUUUGGAUGUUUAUUAUUAGGCCAUUGACUGGCUGAUUUUUGGAGUGUAAAGAUGGAAAUCAAAUUAGUAUCUUUUUCAAUGCACUUUUAAUAUGGGACAUUUCCAUUUGCAAACAAUGUUUUGAGGUAUUAGACUUUUUUGAACUGAGAAGGGUGCAGCAAAAUAGUGUCAAAUGUAGAAAAAAAGAAGAAAAGGAGUAAGUGAGGUUUUGGAAUCCGGCUGGGCCGCUGGAGAAAAAAAGAUUGAAUGGAAGUAAGGAGACGGUGGAGGACACUGACUUUACAUGUCUGUGUUGAAUGAUGGAAUGUGUAGUUUUCUGUCCAAACGUGCACUUGGCAUCAGCCUGCAUGCCCAAAGAAGCGUGCACACUGUGUGAUGUUAUGACUUAACCUUGCUUGUGGUAUUAAAAACAAACAAACAAAAACAUCACUUUGUACUGCCUGAGAAACAUUACACACGUUUUUUAGGCUGGAUCUGUAUGAAGAGUCAGUAUUUUUAUGGUUGGAAAAAGAAAACGUACCCUUCACAAAAACAUGUACAGUUAGAAAAACAAGUAUUUUGUACACCAUUCUUGAUGUUUGAGAUCGAAUUAAAACACAAUUAAAACAUUGAGGAAUGUUGCAUUUUCCUGUGAAUUGUACCUCCUAUUUAUUUGCCUUAUUUAGUUUCAUAUAUUUUGUGUGUACACACAGCAUUAUGGAAAAAAUGAUAUAUGAAUAAUAAAGUAUGGUCUGUUGUCACGGUUGAUAUAGUUGUGAGACCUGUUUGAGAAUGAGCUUUGUUUUUAAUUUCUAAAAAUGUAUUUUUCUUUUGUAUUUUGCUCACCCGGUGUCCUUUUUGUAGGAUUACAAUAAAUGUGUGUCCAUUCCGGAGUAAAGUAAAAAGUUAAAUAAACUGCUCAAAAAAUAAAUAGAACACUUAAAAACCACAAUGUAACUCCAAGUCAAUCACACUUCUGUGAAAUCAAACUCUCCACUUAAGCAACACUGAUUGACAAUCAAUUUCACAUGCUGUUGUGCAAAUGGAAUAGACAGCCUGUAGUAUUUUUCCACUUUACUGUUGAGUGUGACUCCAAAUCCAGACCUCUAUGGGUUAAUACAUUAGAUUUCCAUUGAUACUUUUUGUGUGAUUUUUGUUGUCAGCGCAAUCAACUCUGUAAAAAACAA